AAAAGGUGUGGCCUCCGCAUGAGGUCAGAGGUCAAAGUUCGCUAUAUUUUCUAUUAUGACAGGCGUUGAGAAACACGAUGAAAAGGAUAACACAUUGAUAUCGGGACAGCGGAACAAGACAAACAAGAUGACCAAGGUUAAAAGAGGAGCCAGGAAGCUGUAUACAUUUUCUACGCCAUACAGUCAGUCCACGAUAAGCCAGUCUGCCACAAAUUCAAAUCCACUCCAGCAAACACGGACGCAGGGAAAUGACAAAGGGCAUUUCUUUGACUUGUGUGAUGUAUUAGAUGAAGUUGUAUCUUCAGACAGGCAAGAAAAUAAGUCACAAUCAAAUAAGCAAACUAGAUUAACAAAGAAAGCCAGGAAAGAAGGACCGACAGAGAUGAAAGUCGAUAAAUAUAAACUGACAACAUCCGCAAUUGUAGUGGACGGAUUGGGAAUAGCUGUUCACCAGAAGUCAGUUUCAGCAUCUUCGCCGAAAAAAGCAGCCAGGGCUGUUGAGAAGAAAAUGAUGCGGUUGAAGGUACUCGGAACCAUUUUCAAAAUGAAACAGGAGUUGGACAUCUUAAGAGAACGCAGACUUAAAUUGGCAAAAAAACUACGAACUGAAUCUAAGCCACAAGAAGAAUGACAUUUCUAUAAACAUCUCGUGCAACACGUGGUUGGCGAUCAAGAAACACACAUGCGUUAGAUGGAGAUGAGGUUUUGUUUGAAAAUUAGUCGUGACUUGAUGCCAUAAAAAGUUCCAUUUUAAACUGAAACUGGUAGUUUUACAAAAUUUCGUUUUGAAGUGCAAGGCUUGUUAUUUUUGUUAUACAUGUAUCUAAGUCCCUACAUUUUUUAUAUAUAAAACGUUUGUUUGAUUUAUAUUAACAUUGUAACAUUAUGUAACUUGUUAUUUUGUUAAAAUGUUUCAGUCACCAUAUUUUGUAGGCAACAUGUGUUACAUGUACGUAGCUAAAAUAUAUAAAACGUUUGUUAGAUGUACAUUACCAUUGUGACAGUAUGUAAUUGUUUUUAUUGUUUUGAUAAAUAGCUUUGUUGUACGUUUAAUAUUACCUGUACUAGUGUAUGUAUGUCAUUUUUGUUCUUAGUUGUCAAUCCUCUUUUUGUUAAAUUCCAAAAGAAAUAAAAUGCAUUUACAAAAUCACAUUCGCCAAAAACGCUUACUGGCAAAAGUAUUGAAGAAAACAAGAUUUUGUCAACGUUUUGAGCUACUUGAAAAACUCCAGUGUAAAUUUCAACAUCACGACCGUCAACAUAACAGGCUACGCUGAUAAUUGUUGGUAUAAGAAUUGAUUUGAAGUUAUAAUCGCCGGGAUUUGCUUGAAAGCUUCAUCUUGUGUUGAUAACUUUUCCUAGAUCAUUGAUCACAUUAAUAUAUUCCUGGUUUUGACGAAAGAAAACAUGACGGAUGUCAUUUGUGCUUGCAGGGUAUGUUAGAUAAGAAAACAAGCAUUGUCAGAACACGUGGAUUUUUCUUUCGGGUUUUUUCUUUGCAUUUGAUGUCUAGAUUAUCAUUGCUGUCAUAUCGCGCUGUUCUUCAAAUUCUAUCAUCUUUUCACAUGUUUACUCUUAAAAGAUAGCUACAGCUGUAUAAGACUAGACUUUGGAAUAUUGCUUGUCCUUAUGUGACCUUAGCUGUUGCGAUGAUUUCAAUGCUUGCAAAAACAAAACAAAAUUUUAAUAUUUUCAGAUAACAAUUUGUCACAUCCAUAAACUUAUCUACGUUGCAUAAUUUCUGUGAAAUUCUUUCCAAUCAGUCUUUCCAUAGAGCGAAAUACGUGCAUUCGUUGUACAUACACAGUUCAUUAAAAGACAAUGUCCCUUAAAGAGUAUUCAGCGAGACAUCACGGUGCCAAAUAAAUAAGUCAAUUUUACGGCAAUGUUUAAUGAUGAUAUCCCAAUGCAAAGGCAUAACACUACAGUUUGUGUACAAUUAGAAGAAAUGCCAUCCUCAAGCUACUAAACGUUGUUUCUACUCAACUUUACAGCGUCUGUCAGCAAUUUAUUAGUGCAUUGCGUGCACGUUGAUUUCUCGCGGAAGAUUGCCUAGUGAAAGAACUGGCUACUUCACUAAUCAAUUGAUUUUUCUUCGGCACGUUCUGGUCUUGCAGAGUUCGCUGAAGAGCGAUUUGAUCCGUUAUACUACUUGCAAAAUAUGUAUAUGUAGGAUUAGCAGAAUUCCUGUGAUUUCAUCUUUUUUCAAUUGAUUGGUUUUCACCGCUUUCGGUCAUUACCCACGACUUCCGUCAAUGACCUCCAUGGUGACGUUGUGGACAUAAAAGUCAAUAGUGCGCCGUGGUGCAAACUGAUAUCUGGAUAUCUGAAACAUACUAGUGUGUCAUUUUUUUUUCUUCGUAGCUUUUCUAUCAAAUUGGAAUGGUAAGAACUUUGAACACGAAAACUCAGAAAUAUCCAAAAACAUGGUUAUGAGAUGCUAUUGAAGGAAACAUUGCCAUUUGAUACAUAGAAUGUCUUGUAGAGGACAUAAGAAGGUUAACGCAAUCGAUUGUUGCUUUCGUCAUAGCCUUUGUUUGAGGAACUGAUUUCUGUGCACAGAUGAUUAAGUGGGUCAAAUGUCUUUGACCGCAUUACUUUCUCUCUCUCUCGGUCCAUGGUAAAUUUUGUAACUGUUGCCUCUGUCAGUUCUGACUGGACAUUCACAUCGUUUCUUUUGUCACCUGGGUGCCAUAAGUACAUUUUAUAUUUCAACUCUCGUGUAUAAUCGAUAGCAUUUCUCGGCCUAUACCACAAAUGUUGUUAGAAGAUAAUGACACAUUUCAACAUUUCACUCUUUUGUUAUAAGGACCGAAAUAAUCUCUUUUAGCCAUUCUUAACCGAAAGGCCAAACGAGAAAACUAUGCCAUGACGUAGUUUCUGUCGGCUCAAGAUGAAAUAUUCCAAUAAAAGAUUACUUGUCCAAAGCGGCCAAAAGGGUAUUGGCUAAACAACAUUUUCAAGUU